AUGGGACACGCCCAGAUGGGCCACACCCAGCUGGGCCACGCCCAGAUGGGACAUGCCCAGAUAGGAAACGCCCAGAUAGGCCAUGCCCAGACGGGUCACGCCCAGAUAGGACACGCCCAGAUAGGACACGCCCAGAUGGGACACGCCCAGAUAGGCCAUGCCCAGAUAGGACACGGCCAGACAGGCCACGCCCAGAUAGGACACGCCCAGCCAGGCCACGCCCAGAUGGGACACGCCCAGAUAGGCCACGCCCAGAUAGGACACGCCCAGAUAGGACACGCCCAGAUAGGACACGCCCAGCCAGGCCACGCCCAGCCAGGCCACGCCCAGACGGGACACACCCAGAUAGGACACGCCCAGAUAGGACACACCCAGCCGGGUCACGCCCAGAUAGGACACGCCCAGAUAGGACACGCCCAGAUAGGACACGCCCAGAUAAGUCACGCCCAGACAGGUCACACCCAGCUGGGCCACGCCCAGAUAGGACACACCCAGACAGGCCACGCCCAGAUAGGACACGCCCAGCCGGGUCACGCCCAUCCAGGCCACGCCCAGGCGCACCUGGCGCAGGUGGGAGGGGGGCGGAGCACCUGGCAGGGAGUGCUGAUUGUACCUGGGGAAGGGGCGGGGCUGAGGCUGCAGGUGGCGGAGGUGGCGGGUGUGACAGGUGUCACUGGUGUCACUGGUGUAGGUGUGACUGGUGUCACUGGUGUAGGUGUGGCAGGUGGGACAGGUGUCACUGGUGUCACUGGUGUAGGUGUGACUGGGGUGACAGGUGUAACUGGUGUGACAGGUGUGGGUGUGACUGGUGUCACUGGUGUGACAGGUGUGGGUGAGGCAGGUGUGACAGGUGUAACUGGUGUGGCAGGUCUGGCAGGUGGAACAGGUGUAGGUGUGACUGGGGUCACAGGUGUGACAGGGGUGACAGGUGUCACUGGUGUCACUGGUGUAGGUGUGACUGGUGUCACUGGUGUCACUGGUGUAGGUGUGGCAGGUGUGACAGGUGUUACAGGUAUGGGUGUGACUGGUGUAACUGGUGGGGCAAGUGUGACAGGUGUCACUAGCGUAGGUGUGACUGGGGUCACUGGUGUCACGGGUGUCACAGGUGUAGGUGUGACUGGUGUGGCAGGUGUGACAGGUGUGGGUGGGAUAGGUGUGGCUGGUAUAGCUGGUGUGGGUGGGACAGGUGUGACAAGUGCAGGUGUGACAGGUGUGGCAGGUCUGGGUGUGACAGGUGGGACAGGUGUGCAGCUCCAGGUGUUGCCAGCAGCCCCAGAGGUGACCAACGUGCAGGUGCAGGCCAGGGAGGUGACAGGUGUGGCAGGUGUGGGUGUGACAGGUGUCACAGGUGUGACAAGUUUGGGUGGGACAGGUGUGACUGGUGUAGGUGUCACAGGUAUGGGUGUGACAGGUGUCACAGGUGUGACAAGUUUGGGUGGGACAGGUGUGGGUGUCACCGGUGUGCAGCUCCAGCUGCUGCCGCUGCCCUCGGAGGUGACCAAUGUCCAGCUCCAGGCACUGUCACCACCCCCCCAGGUGACCAAUGUCCAGCUCCAGGUGCUGCCACCCCCACCUGAGGUGACCAAUGUCCAGCUCCAGGUGGUGCCACCACCCCCAGGUGUCACCAACGUUCAGCUCCAGGCACUGUCACCACCCCCCCAGGUGACCAAUGUCCAGCUCCAGGCCACCGAGGUGACCAAUGUCCAACUCCAGGUGGUGCCACCUCCACCUGAGGUGACCAAUGUCCAGCUCCAGGUGGUGCCACCUCCACCUGAGGUGACCAAUGUCCAGCUCCAGGUAGUGCCACCUCCACCUGAGGUGACCAAUGUCCAGCUCCAGGUGCUGCCACCUCCACCUGAGGUGACCAAUGUCCAGCUCCAGGUGGUGCCACCUCCACCUGAGGUCACCAAUGUCCAGCUCCAGGUGAUGCCACCACCUCCAGGUGUCACCAAUGUCCAUCUCCAGGCAGGUGAAGUGACCAAUGUCCAGCUCCACGUGGUGCCACCCCCGCCUGAGGGGACCAAUGUCCAGCUCCAGGUGGUGCCACCCCCACCUGAGGUGACCAAUGUCCAGCUCCAGGUGGUGCCACCACCCCCAGGUGCCACCAAUGUUCAGCUCCAGGUGCUGCCACCCCCACCUGAGGUCACCAAUGUCCAUCUCGAGGCCACCAAGGUGACCAAUGCCCACCUGGACCCCAUGGAGGUGACCAGUGUCCACCUGGGAGCUGCUGAGGAGGUGCUCGAUGUCCCCCUGGAGGUGCCCGAUGUCCACCUGGAGACCACGGAGGUGACCAACGUCCACCUGGAGGUGUCCAGUGUCCACCUGGAGACAUCAGAGGUGCCCAGUGGUCACCUGGAGACCACAGAGGUGACCAAUGUCCACCUGGAGAUGUCAGAAGUGGCUUCUGACCACCUGGAAGCCACUGAAGAGGUGACCAGUGCCCACCUGGAGGUGACCAAUGCCCACCUGGAGGUGACCAGUGCCCACCUGGACAUUUCAGUGGUACCCAGUGUCCACCUGGAGGUGACCAGUGCCCACCUGGAGCUGACCAAUGCCCAUCUGGAGGUGACCAGUGCCCACCUGGAGCCCCCCAAGGAGGUGACCAAUGUCCACCUGGAGGUGACCAGUGCCCAUCUGGAGACCACAGAGGUGGCCAAUGCCCACCUGGACAUUGCCCACCUGGAGGUGCCCAGUGCCCACCUGGAGGUGACCAAUGCCCACCUGGAGGUGACCAGUGCCCACCUGGACACAUCAGAGGUGACCAAUGCCUACCUGGACACACCCUGAAGGUGACCAAUGCCCACGUGGACAUGUCAGAGGUGCCCAGUGCCCACCUGGAGGUGACCAGUGCCCACCUGGACACAUCAGAGGUGACCAAUGCCCACCUGGACAUACCUUGGAGGUGACCAAUGCCCACCUGGAGGUGACCAAUGCCCACCUGGACACAUCAGAGGUGACCAAUGCCCACCUGGAGACCACAGAGGUGACCAAUGCCCACCUGGAGGUGACCAGUGCCCACCUGGACACAUCAGAGGUGACCAAUGUCCACCUGGAGGUGACCAAUGCCCACCUGGACACAUCAGAGGUGACCAAUGUCCACCUCUCACCUGUGCCCACGUGAGGG